AAAAAAACGAUAAUGUCGAGUUUCAGAUAUCUUUCUAGUAAAGACGCUUCAGCUGUGGAGGAUCUUCUUUCACAGGCCAAGGAUCUCUACGAUCUUGAGCAAGUCGCCGCCAUCAACCUUGCUGGCUUCACCGAUUCUGCUCUUCCCACUAAUCUCGAAACUCGUUUCCGCCGUCUCAAAUCUCUCCCGGUUUCUCGACAACCCGACCCGGUUUCUCGACAACCCAACCCGGUUUCAUCGUCCAAGAGGCUUCUCUUCCACUCCAAGAGCAUGGCCGAGAAGAAUCACGUAAACGCGUUUUCUGCUUCUGCUUUUUCCGUUGAUGAGAAAAGGAACUUCUCCGGAAGAAUCAGACAUGUUCCGAGUGUGCAUUCUCGUCCGUUGGUUUCAUCUGUUGACGGAACUCGGGUUUUCUCGGGAAGUAUCAAACGCGACCAGAGUGUAAAAUCUCGAGAUGGUAAGGUUUUGUCGCCGCCAACAACAACAACACAAGCAGUGAAGCUACUUUCUAAAGAGAAAUCAAGAACUAGCUCAGCUUCGUCUGCCUCUAUUGAUUUAAUGCCGCCAUCAUCGUCCGAACCAGACCAAGAAAAACCGUCAAACCGGAAACCAAAGUCGAAGUUGUUAGUUUCGUGGUUUGACAAGUUAGCACCAUCACGAGCCAUGGGUUGCUUAUUUUCUCCAAGCAUAGCGUCAUCAUCAAACAACAAAAAAACACAAUCAAGAACAGCAGCAAAUCGUAUGAUCCCUGAGUAUAAUUGACUGCUGAAGAAUGAUAAUCAUACUUGUUAAAUAGUCGGAGCUCUAUGGGCUUUUAUUAGUUUUGGUUUGUUGAUUUUGAAAUAAACAAAAGAUUAUAUGUUCGGA